UGGAGGGGAGUCUGCCGAGCGAGGGCAGGAGAACUAUUUCCAGGAACCCAGCCUCCUACCAUGUCUGACCCCAUUACACUGAACGUUGGGGGUAAGCUCUACACAACGUCACUGGCAACCCUGACCAGCUUCCCUGACUCAAUGCUGGGUGCCAUGUUCAGUGGGAAGAUGCCCACCAAGAGGGACAGCCAUGGUAACUGCUUCAUUGACCGUGAUGGCAAAGUGUUCCGCUACAUCCUCAACUUCCUGCGGACCUCCCACCUGGAUCUGCCAGAGGACUUCCAGGAGAUGGGUCUGCUCCGCAGGGAAGCUGACUUCUACCAGGUACAGCCCCUGAUUGAGGCCCUGCAGGAAAAGGAGGUAGAACUCUCCAAAGCGGAGAAGAACGCCAUGCUCAACAUCACACUGAAGCAGCGGGUGCAAACAGUCCACUUCACCGUGCGGGAGGCACCACAAAUCUACAGCCUGUCGUCUUCCAGCAUGGAGGUGUUCAACGCCAACAUCUUCAGCACAUCCUGCCUCUUCCUCAAGCUCCUUGGUUCUAAGCUCUUCUACUGCUCCAAUGGUAACCUCUCCUCCAUCACCAGCCACUUGCAGGACCCUAACCACCUGACUCUUGACUGGGUGGCCAAUGUGGAAGGCCUCCCAGAGGAAGAGUACACCAAGCAGAACCUCAAAAGGCUGUGGGUGGUGCCAGCCAACAAGCAGAUCAACAGCUUCCAGGUCUUUGUGGAGGAGGUGCUGAAGAUCGCGCUGAGUGAUGGGUUCUGCAUUGACCCCUCCCAUCCACAUGCGCUGGACUUUAUGAACAAUAAGAUCAUUCGGUUAAUCCGAUACAGGUGAAAAGACUCUAGUCAUACGGGAAGGAGUUCCCAAGAAGCUCAUGUCAGCCAAGGCUCUGAGGAGAGUGUCUCGCCAGUGGCACCAGGCGGGAAACUAUACUAAUCUGUAUUAAUUGCAUAGCAGGACCUGAUUCCCCAUGACAAAGUCCACCUUCUGGAAUCCACAUGUCCUUGGAA